ACUGAUUGAAGCGUUACUCGUUUCACAUCGAUAGAGAAAUUUUCGUUUGCUAAACCGCAAUCUUCCAUUCAUCAUGUCUGGCCGUGGAAAGGGUGGAAAGGCUAAGGGAAAGGCAAAGUCGCGAUCUAAUCGUGCCGGAUUACAGUUCCCCGUUGGACGUAUCCAUAGACUUCUGCGUAAAGGAAAUUAUGCUGAACGCGUUGGCGCUGGUGCUCCGGUCUAUCUUGCCGCGGUGAUGGAAUAUCUCGCCGCCGAAGUAUUGGAGUUGGCAGGAAAUGCUGCACGCGAUAACAAAAAGACCAGAAUCAUUCCCAGGCAUUUACAACUAGCCAUACGUAAUGACGAGGAAUUGAACAAAUUACUUUCUGGCGUUACUAUCGCUCAGGGUGGUGUACUGCCAAACAUUCAAGCGGUCUUGCUGCCAAAGAAAACUGAGAAGAAGGCUUAACUACAGAUCCCAGCAAUUACAAACGGCCCUUUUUAGGGCCACCAAUUUCUUCAUAUACGAAGGACAUCUCAUUUGCAAUUCUUUUAUAUGAAAUUUUUAUGCAUAAACAUUUUAUUUAUGUUCUACUCUUUAAAAUAUUUUUUCAUUUCUCUGUUUAAAAUCAUAUUAACUCUUUUACUACUAUUUUAUUGCCAAAUUAUUUAAAAAAUAAUAAAGAUAUUUAAAUAAAAACGCGCAACGGUACACGCACAUAAUUCUAGAACGAUAAAAAGUAUAUUCAGAUAGUUCCCAAAAUGACCGCACAAUGUACUUGGGCGCUAUUGAAUGAUUCUUAAUCCUUACAAUUAGAGUUUCUUUAAUAUUAAAGGGACUAUACUCCAACAUUCCACAAGUAUG